AUGCCUGUAAAGACUUCUAACCACAUUCCCUUUCUAAAUGCGCCCAAACUACUUGCCGAGGGUAUGGUUUCUUCUGAGAAAGACAUCACGAAUAAGGGUUCCAAAAAUGAUGGGAGAAAAGUCGCAGACAGCAUUUCUAGCAUAUCCGAUCCCCAGGCGAAGGAUGAAGCAACUGGUUCCGGAACUGGGUUAUUCCGUGCAGUCACCCGCUAA